AUGGGUCCACGUUCUUCAUCGGCCUCGCCGCCGCGAAAUGCUUUCCCAACCUUUGCCAACGGAGACGUCGAGGUCGUCCUUACACCCGUCCAGAGGCUUCGUCUACACUCUGACGUUCUCCGCGGCGCAUCUUCCAAGCUUUCGGAGCUGCUCCCCGUCAACAAGGCCGCCGUGCUGAGCAAGAAAGCGCUCAGUGAGGGUGUCAACAUCAGAUACCGUCUCGAGCUCGUAGAUGUCUCGACCACUCUCGGCGAAAACGUAGGCCGGCUGACCAUGAUCAAGCUCGACACUCACGGUCGCCCCAACCCCGCGCCCGGCACCCCGCGCGCGACCAUGGCGCUCUCCUCCUACGGCGUCGACCCGGCCUCGCGCGCCAUCCUCGCUGCUUGGUUCUCGGCCCUCGGCGCGCUGUACGGACGCGAGAUGCACCUACUCACCCAGCCCACGCGGGCGGCGGCUCGCAAAAACAAAAACAACAACAACAACAACAACACGGACACGUACGACGAGGGAUACAGUGACGACGACGACGAUGACGACGACGUCAUCGAGAACACUGCAGCCGGGGGGCUCGGGCUCGGGCUUCACACCACCUGCACGACCCCCGACCUCGGCGACAUGAUCGCCGCGGCGGCCACGAUGCUCGACGUCAUGGACUACCUCGAGCUCCCCGGCAGCAUGCUGGCGCCGGUGGAGCUGGCGCUGCUGGGCGCGGAGCAGACGCUGUGGCAGAGCGUGUGCGCGGCGCCGCUGGCGUGGGUCGAGCUGGGCGCGCGCCUGCGCAGCUUCGCCAUCUGGCGCGAGGCGGCGCUGCACGUCGUCGGCGGGUGGGGAUGCGGCGAGUGGACCGAGGAUGAGCGCCGCGGGCUCGGCGGCGAGGUGAGGGCGCUGUGCGAGCGGAAGGCGGAGAAGUUCGAGGCGUGGAAGGAGGGGUUGGAGGGGAGGUUGCUGGCGUACAGGCACGAGAGGCUGCGGUGGGAGGACGGCGGCUGGGAGAGGGCGCGUGGCAAGAAGGAGCAUGAGCCGGAUGUGUUUUACUGGCAGGCGCAGUGCUUGUGGGGGCAAUGGCUGGCGGCGAGGUUCAGGGAGGGCGAGGGCAGGAGGGCGCCGGACGGUGGGUUGGCGCUGUAUCGGAUGAUCUGGGAGGGGAGGUUCUGCGACGCCGUCACGGAGCAGGCGAAGCUGGCGCCGUUGACGCCGAGCGGCAGGAAGGUGGUGAGCGAGAUUGUGGACGAGAUGAAGAAGGAUCUGAAGAAGAUGGUGGAGGGCGCCAUGAUCUCCAAGCUCAAACUCGACCAGAGCAAGAUGCCGUCGAACAGGAUGACCCCGUUUACCAUCGAGUUGCGAAACGCGCCUUGGAACAAGCAGGAUGUCGGCGAGCGGGGCUUCAGUCACCGCAGAAAGCGCCCGCGGCUGGCGUCUGAGAGCAGGUAUGUGGCCGACGAGGACGACGAGCUUGAGGAUCACAUUGCUUGA